GAAAAGCAGAGAGCUCCCCAAUCUACAUUCAGUAUUAAGUUACACUGCUGACAAGAUGCAAAACUCAGUUCUAUUCCUCGCCUUAUUGGUCUGCCUUGCGCCUUUUGGCGCGAUAUCUGCGGAGAAUUUGACAAUUUACCUGGAGGACUAUAUAAUUCAGAACCAGAGACAAAAUGAUGCUAGACUGGCUCAGAUUGAGAAUGAAUUGGACACAGUUCGAUCCAUCUUCGCCAGCGGACUGCGCGCAAUCAGCAUCCAGGGCGAUCAGAUGGAGCUCAAGCUGGAGGAGGUGAAAGCGCGUCUAGAUCCAAUCGAGUUAAUCGACUCGUGGCACAAGCAAUGCGUGCAAAACUACAGCGGAACCAUUCCCUCAAUAACCAGCAAAUUAGUACUCCAGAUCUCUACAGUCAACACGUAUACCAUAAGCAAUCAGAAGAGCUUCAACACGUACAUGCAGCAGGCAAAGUGUGCAGCGGACAUACGCAUCAACCAGGCCUGGGAGUGUGCCUUUACCUCGAUCUAUAACACAGUAUCUGCAGUGAGCACGGCUGUGCGUCUCAUCGAUGAUUGCAUUUUUAAUCAAUUGGCCUGUGCCUCAGUGACCUGCACUACCGGCUGCAGCAAUCACAUGGUCAUCAGCUUGAAGGAAAACGACUUCAAUAACGAGACCAUCAAGAAUCCCUUCAUCGGCUUGAAUAGUAAACUUGGUUGCAUCGAGAUGAAGUUCAAGAAUUAAGCAUAUGCAAUAUG